AUGGACGACAAACUCUCUCUCCCCACCGUCGCCUCUCCUCGUCCGCCUCAACACCGCCGACGCAGGCGCACCGGCUUCCUGGCCCUUCUCGCAAUCCUCGCGUCCGCGCACUUCUUCCUUCUCUCCCACACCACUUACACCCCCGUUGCAUCUGUCCCCAUACACGCACAGGCGACCCUUGCUCGCUGCCGUGCCCUCUCUGACACUCCGGGCCCCGCUUUCGACUUUCACAAACGCGAAGCUUCGGAUAGGUUUGUCCCGGGCACCAAGCCGACGCUCAUCCGGAAUGCCCGCAUCUGGACCGGCGCCGACAACGGCACAGAGGUCCUCAAGGGUGACAUCUACUUGAGCAAAGGCAUCAUACGUGGCGUCGGUCACCUGGGCCGUCUCACACAGGAGCUCCUGCUGCGCGACGAAAUCGACGUCGUCGACGUCAAGGGUGCGUGGGUCACACCCGGCAUCGUCGAUCCCCAUUCCCAUUUGGGCGACGCUUCUUCUCCUGCGCUCGAGGGCGCCUCCGGCGACGACAAUUCCAUCAAAGGCCCCAUCCUGCCGUGGAUGCGCUCGCUCGAUGGCCUCAACACCCACGACGAUUCGUACGCGCUCUCGAUUGCGGGCGGCGUCACCACCGCGCUCGUCCUGCCCGGCUCCGCGAACGCAAUCGGUGGUCAGGCGUUCACGAUCAAGCUCAGAAAGACCGCAGAACGCUCCCCGACCGCGAUGCUGCUGGAGCCGCCGCACGAUAUCAACGGCACCCGGAACGCAGCGGGCCCGUUGAGAUGGCGUCAAAUGAAACAUGCCUGCGGAGAAAACCCCAGCAGGGUUUAUGAUGGGACCCGCAUGGACACUUUCUGGGCUUUCCGGCAGGCAUACGAUAAGGCGCGCCAGAUCAAAGUCCAGCAGGACGCCUACUGCGACAGGGCGCUCGCGGGACAGUGGUCAGAGCUGGGUGACUUUCCCGAUGACCUGCAGUGGGAGGCGCUCGUAGAUGUACUGAGGGGCCGAGUCAGGGUGCAGACCCAUUGCUAUGAAGCUGUGGACUUGGAUGACUUGAUCCGGCUGUCGAACGAGUUCAAGUUCCCGAUCGCCGCCGUGCACCAUGCGAGCGAGGCGUAUCUUGUUCCCGACGUGCUCAAAAGGGCAUACGGUGGGGGUCACCCGCCUGCUGUCGCGCUAUUUGCUACUAACGGGAGGUAUAAGCGCGAAGCGUAUCGCGCUUCCGCAUUUGCCCCGCGUAUCUUAUCCCAGAAUGGGCUUAAAGUCGUCAUGAAGAGUGACCAUCCGGUUCUGAAUUCGCGGUACCUCUUGUACGAGGCGCAGCAGGCACACUACUACGGCCUGGCCGAGAACUUGGCGAUCGCCGCCGUGACGAGCCAUGCAGCUCAGGUCAUCGGGAUGGACCACAGGAUCGGGUACGUUCAAGAGGGUGAGUCAAACCUCGUGGUAUGGGACAGCCACCCCCUCGCACUCGGCGCGACGCCUGCGCAAGUGUACAUCGACGGCAUCCCGCAGCUCGACGCGCCGUUCGUCGUGCGCAAGCCGAGCGCGUACCAGGCUUCGCCUCUGACGCCCAACUUUGACAAGGAGGCUGCCGACGCGCUCAAAUACGAAGGCCUUCCGCCGCUUCUUCCGACCGAAGCCGAAGCCGACGUCGUGUUGUUCACCAAUGUCUCGAGCGUCAUCGCGCGAGAAGGUUCCGAGCUGCAAGAGAUGUUCGCCUCAAAGUCCGCAGGUGAGACGGGAGUCGUGCUUGUGAAGAACGGGAAGAUGCUGUGCUACGGCGCGCACGGCAGCUGCGUGAUCGCCGACCAUCACGUAGGCGGUCCCCGGCCGCGUACCGUAGACCUACGCGGUGGUGCGAUUUCUCCCGGGCUGAUUAGUUACGGAUCGCCUCUCGGCCUGCAAGAAAUCGAUCAAGAGCCGUCGACAGGAGACGGCUAUGUGUAUGAUCCCUUGACGGGGACGACGCCGAAGAUACUUGAUGAUGCGGCCGUGCGCGCAGUCGACGGGUUGCAGUUCGCGGGACGGAGUGCGCUCCUCGCGUAUCGCGCAGGCGUCACGCGGGGCAUCUCCGCCCCGAGCCACAGGCGGUUCUUCAGCGGGUUUGGCACCGCGUUCUCGCUCGGCGCGCGGCACAGGCUCGAGGACGGCGCGGUCGUGCAGGAGGAGACGGCGCUGCACGUCGCGGUGCGCCACUUUGGGAGCACGCCGAGCAUCAGCACGCAGAUCGCGACGCUGCGGCGGCUGUUGCUCGCGUGGCCCGAGGACGACGAUGUGUCGGGGAUGGGGAUGGCGGCGCGCUUCGCGGCCGUCGCGCAGGGCAAGUUCCUCAUCGUCGUGGAGGCGGAGAGCGCGGACGUCAUCGCGACGCUGAUCGUGCUGAAGCGGGAGGUGGAGGAGAAGACGGGCGCCAGGAUCCGGAUGACGAUCGCGGGCGCCACCGAGGCGCAUCUGCUCGCGAAGGAGCUCGCGGCGGCGAAGAUCGGGGUCGUGCUCGUGCCGUCUCGACCGUUCCCGGCGACCUGGGAGCAGAAGAGGAUACUGCCGGGGCCGCCGCUUUCGAGAGAGAGCGCGAUUUCGCUGUUGUUGGACCAGGGCGUCACUGUCGGGAUCGGCAUCGAGGAAUCGUGGAGCGCGCAAAAUACGCGGUUCGACGUUGCAUGGGCUGCGUUGGAGGCGGACGGGCGGAUUUCCAAGACGCAGGCGCUCGCGCUGGCGUCCACCAACCUGGAGAAGCUGCUGGGCAUCGACGACGGUGGGUGGUCGUCUGCCCCGGAUUUGGUGGCCACGGCGGGGGGCGACCUGUUGCAGUUUGAGAGCAAGGUCGUGGCGGUGAUCUCCUCCGGACGAGGGGUCGUGGAUCUGUUCUAGGACUUCAUGGAUUGGGAGCCGUCUUGUGUCUUGUUGUUAUUAAGGACGUGGACGAGCGCUGUGAGGGAUAUAUACGUGCUCGGUAAAUUAUCUAUGCUCGUUGUUGCUUGUUUUGCGGUACGCUGGGCUUGCACUCGAGGUCGACCAAUGGCGUUGGACGUGUUUGCGUGUUAC